GCAAUCUUGGCCACUCUGCUGGGUCAGCCUCAUCAUUAAAAUGACAAGUGUCCCUCUUCUACAUCCACCAAGCGUGGUCAUGUAAGGUACAUGUACAUUACUGUGUCAGACGCUGAUAGUCAUAUCACAGUCCACAAGCUGUGUAACAGGUAUAAGGCAUUCAGACGUCCACUCAUCGCCACGUGCUUAGAAUAAGAUUGAUAUAACUUGGCGCAGAAAAGCGUAUCUUUAUUAUGGCAAGACAUUUCCAAAUCUGCCUCCUUCUCUUGGCUUGUCUUGUAGCAGGAGUUUUCUCGGCACCCCGCCACACAGGGCGGGUCACCCCUAUUGAGGCCGGGACCCGGUAUGUUACCCGCGAGCUCCAGGCACCUGUGCCGGGCGGGAAGGGGUCCUACAUCGCUAGUCUGUGUAAUUCAUUUGCCGGGAAAGAUGUCGUGGUCAGCAUAGUGUUGGAGAGAAACCCGUGGUGGACUGUGGCCCUCGGUGUGGUCAACUUUACUGUGACGGCUGCUCCAGUGUCAGGCUCUCUGGAAGCGACGGUAUUAUGCCAGAACUGGCCGGCUGACCAACCCAACCCUUCUCCUAACUGCACUGUCAAAGGCUGGAACGCCUCAAACGACCUCUAUCUGAACACUAUUGCGUCAAAUGUCGGGGAUGUUUCAUUCUCCGCUAUUGUCGACUUUGCCACGCCCGAAGAGUCUGCUAAGGUGUUCACUUACACUCCGAAGACUGUCAACCUUAAGGAGCACCUGGCAGCAGGACCCGUGUACCUUGACCAAGUGGUUCACCUGGCGGUCCCUUUCAAAGUGAUCUACGGCCAGUCUCUCACCCUCGAAGUCACCUUCUGCCCCAAUACCCAGACCACCAAUAAAUACCAUAUAGACAGUACGGUGUUUGGGAUGGGCAGCGACGACUCCUUCGCCCAGUACGUGUGCAAAAUGCUCCCGUGUGAUGACCAUCAGGAUGUUAUUGCCAGCAAUCCAUACCAGCUGCCCCUGAACAGUGUCUCAGUGUCCACUACCACUGGGGAUUUGACCACUCUGUAUGUGACCGUAGUUGGCUGGGGAGGGGAGUAUGAUGACAGCGUGCACACAUAUGUGGGCUCAUUUAUGUACGGUGCGACGUUGGCAGUUCAACCAACAAACGUCCUUGAAAGGAAAUUGAAAUACAUCCCAUAUUAGUCAUGGACAGUUCCUCUCUACAACUUAAGGCACAAACAAGUUUUAGCUACUUUCACCACACUACAUAUUAGUAUCUUUGAUGAGAAGGAACAAUCUGAGUAAAACAGUAUUAAAAUAAAAAUGGUUUUUGGUAUAUUGAUUUAAUAGACUAAAGCCCCCUUUACACUGGACGGCGUCCUUUCUGCGUCCAGCAGUACGGCCC